AUGGAUGGUCCCGCCGCGGGUGCGUACAUCCUUGCAGGGACAUGGUGUCUCCCGUUACACGAGUCCACGAACGACACCUGCAGAGCCGCCAGCUGGUCGUGGGACUAUCUUCGCUCGGAUCUGAAUGAGCGAUCUGUUUCGACGGCAUGUAUUGUUGUCUACAUACGUGAAGAUGUCUUGCAGAGUUCGAUCGCUCGCUCCGACGGGCCACUAAGCUGGCACCAAUCAACCAACGUCCUUAAGCGAGCGAACAAACGGCCCGUGGCCAAGUUCCAACGGGUGACCAUCCCUAGGCAUAUCGCAUGCCAACAUAUGAAGACCAGAUACGGAAAGUGGGAAAAUCUGCAGGAUGGGAGAACUAGACUCCUUAUCGAAAUCAUCCCCCGACGCCUUCCCCGUCCAUGA